GGGGUAUAAUGAGAUGUCGGGUGCGUAAGUGAUGUGGGUUGGCUAUGCUGCUGAAACUAUAUGGUUUACAUAGACAAGACCGAAUGCACCGAAUUGUGGUUUCAUCAUGGCCCUUUUUGGUUCUACUCGCCGUUAAUACGGGAUUGCGCACAAACACUCUGAAGGUGAUUGGAGGAAAGAGGACUGUGAUCCUGGGCGAAGAUGCUGACCUUUUCUGCAGAUUGUCUGAGGCUGAGGAGUUUGAUCAGAUAACAUGGCAGAAAGAGACCAGGGAAAAUUCCAACAAACAUAAUUUCUUUGUCAUUAAACCCGAUGGGACUACUAGCAAUGUGAAUGGGUUGAUAGGUAGAGUUCUGUUUAUUGGGAACACAUCAGAUUAUCUUGGAUCGAUUCGAAUAAGAAAUGUCACGCUUUUGGAUGAAGGCACCUACACAUGCAUCUUCAGUAUUUCCAGUGGACCAAUCCAAACAGAGAUGUCUCUGACUGUGAUCGUUCCUCCAGUGAUGUCAGUGACAGGUCACGUCUCUCCUGUUGGGGACAAUGAAGUCGUCUUGGUAACCUGCAUUGCUGCAGCUGCCAAGCCAAAGGCAGAAGUCUUUUGGGACACUGGUGCUUUAAACAAAUCAUUGAGGUGGGUGACAAACUCCACCCAGCACGCCAACGGCACCAGUACAGUACUCAGCCAGCUUAUUGGGCUCCCAACCAGAACAGCCAAUCAGAAACAGGUUCAGUGUGUGGUCAACCAGUCUGCCCUGGAAGAAGAAAGAACCCUCUCCUACACCAUAGACAUCCACUAUCCACCUCAGAUUGUAAACAUUAAAGCGUCCCCCCAAGCCAAAUACUUCCUGUGUGUUGUAGAUGGAAAUCCAAGGCCUAACUACAUCUGGAGCAGAGAUGUCCAGCCAUGGCCUGGGUCUUCUGUCAGAGCAGAUGGAGACACACUGCAUCUCCUCAGUCUCAGCUCUGAUCUGAAUGGUCUCUAUGUCUGUGAGGCCUCAAACCUGUAUGGAAGUACAACUGGCUCCCUCUAUAUACAUAUAACCUCAGUGAUUACUGGGUCUAGUGCCGCAAAGAAAAAUCCUGGAUGUCUUCAUGUGACCUGGGACUUGGGAGGAGACUAAUCAUCAAGCAGGUCAAUGACACCAGAACAGCCUUAAUGCAUUUAUGGAACUACUGGUGGGAUGGAACACCUCUCUUCAAAGAGAUGUCCCCUCAUAGUGGUGUUUCGUUGAUGGUGAUUGGGUCCAAAAUCGUUGGUCCAAAAUCUCCCCUAGGUGUUCACUUUUGUGUUCAUUCUCCUCUGUUUGAAUAUUGAAGCUCUGACACCAGCGAUAUUGUAGGAUAAAUUGUUUUAUUAUGAUGAAUAGCAUAAAUAAGAGCCACGGAAGCAGAAUAUUAAAGAUUUACAUCCUGCGUAUACAUUAUUUUAAUGCUUGAGUGUUCAUCUGUAUGUGUCUUGCUCUAUGCAUAUUGAGUUGUAACUUCCAUGUUCAUGUCCAAUUACCUUGGAUGAGAUUAACUCUUCUCAUUGGUGGUAUUUCCAUGACUGGAAUAACUGGUCUUGUAGUCAGGGCCGGCUCCAGGCAUAAGAAACAUAAGUGGUUGCGUAGGGCCCCCGACCGCUAGGGGGCCUCUGACUGCUAGGGAGCCCCCGACGAUAGGUGGCUUAGGGCCCCCAAAACACUAGA